CCUGUUUUCGUUUUCCUCCCUUGUUCGUUCGUAUUCGUGUUCGUAUUCCAUAUUCGUAUUGUAAGCUAUUGAAUAUUGAAUGAAUAGUUAAGAAAAGCAAAAACCUCAAGCAAGAACACCAUCCAAGUAACACAUUUUAGUGUAUUUAUCGUCCUAAGAUGCCUAACAUUAAGCUGCAAAGCUCCGAUGGGGAAGUUUUUGAGGUCGAUGUGGAAAUUGCAAAAUGUUCAGUAACAAUCAAGACUAUGCUGGAAGAUCUUGGUAUGGAUGAGGACGAAGAGGAAGUUGUGCCUCUGCCCAAUGUCAACUCUGCCAUCCUGAAGAAAGUGAUCCAGUGGGCAACCUACCACAAGGACGACCCCCCACCUCCAGAGGAUGAUGAGAACAAGGAGAAACGAACAGAUGAUAUCUCCAGUUGGGAUGCUGACUUCUUGAAAGUGGACCAAGGAACUUUGUUUGAACUCAUUCUGGCUGCCAACUAUCUGGACAUUAAGGGUUUGCUGGAUGUCACAUGCAAGACUGUGGCCAACAUGAUCAAGGGCAAAACUCCAGAAGAAAUCCGUAAAACUUUCAACAUCAAGAACGACUUCUCUGCCAGUGAGGAAGAGCAAGUCCGUAAGGAGAACGAGUGGUGUGAAGAAAAGUGAAGUGAAGGGCAACAAGUUUUUGAAAUUCUUUUUAUACAACUUGUAAUAUUUGAUACACAUUUCAGAAAAAAGUGUGAUAGACAGUAAUCUACUUCUUCAGAAAUUAACACUGCUUUGGCCCAAACAUGGAAGGCCAUGUACUGGUGCAAUUUUCCAGUUUUAUUCUAGAUAAAUUUUGGGUAAUAUUGUUUGAGUGCAACACUUGUAAUGAAAUUUUGUGGGCGCAAUUAUUUUCUUCUCGUAUAUAAUUCAAUGUGACGUAUUAUUAAUAGUUCAUUGUAGUUAAGUCUUUACAAGAUACAUAAUAAUUUGUAAAUAUGACUGUACUAUUUGGAAAAUACAUAAUAUUUAAUUA